UUCUUAUAUUGAUCCUUGACGCAUGCGUAGAUACAAGUGACGUUCUAGAUGGCGCUUUUGUUUCCUUGUCGUACACAUAGAUCUUCGAUACGUCAUAGCAUUCAGUUGUAUGUUGUUACGUAUAUAAUACAAUUAUACGGAUCAUUGGAAAAAAUGAAUUUACGAAGGCAUACACAAUUUCUUGCCAGAACGAUAUUUGUCAAGAACAAUGAUAUUGAAAAGGCAGCACGUACCAUGAAUCGUAUUCUUAAUGCUGAAGGUUUAUUCCAACAAUACAGGCUAACCAGAUAUUUCGAGAAACCAACAAGGACAAGGCGAAGAAUUAAUUUUGAAAAAUGUAAAGCUAUAUAUGACGAGGAUAUGUCAAGAAAAAUACAAUUAUUAACAAGAACAGUUAGAGAAGAACCUUAUCCUGGUUGUUCUUAAAGCUUAUUUUCUUUGAAUUCAAAUUGCAAUUGCAAGAUAAUGUGAUCAUUUGUAUACCACCAUUGAAUAUAAUUCUUCAGGAUCCUUUCAAAUAUUUUACAGAUACAGGUAAUGUUUAAUUAUUCAAGCUAAAUUAACUGAGAUUCACAAAAUGCAUAUUUUAUCUAUGAAUUAUUUAUAUAAUAUAUUGUUUACUUUCCUUAAUAUUAUCCAAGUUAACAUGAUUAUGUUCAACAUUGAUACAUUUCUGUUUGAGCAUUCUAAUGGUAUUUCAAAACCAAGAGAUAUUAAUAAAAAUUAAUAAAGAUUGUUAACUACA